AUGAUUAAAGUCUGCCAGAAAACAUCGCGCGACGACUUUACGGGAAUAGCUGCUUUGUCGGUGAAUGGCGAGUCAAUAAGUAAUCCAUUAGACAGAGCUAUGUACUCGACAACAUCAAAUACCAAUAGUAUUGUCGGGCUUUUGGCUACCUCAGUGAAUGAUACUCCUACAUCUGAAGCCUUGUCUAUGACUGACAUUCAAACGGAAGAUCAUAGUAAGGUGAGCCCUAAGUCUAUUUAUCAGAAGUCACCGAGUGUUACGUUCAUCAGUGUGACUGUAAUUGCAAGCUCUUAACUGUUGAACUGGAAGGGGUUAAGUUGGAAAUGGUGUUGAUGCAAAAGGAUAUUGAGUCUAAAACAUUCAUAGCCAAUACAACAAAAGAAAAUGAUAAAAUUAAACACAAUUAGAACGGGAUUUGGUUAUUGAAAGAGAAAGGUGUAGUCAACUUGAGGAAGAUAUAUCUGUCUUAAUAAGAGGCAGACACGCUGAAUUAAUUGAACUGAAUCAAACCAUUGCCUCCCUUGAUAACAAGAUUAAGACAAGCGAAGUACUAAAUGAGUCCCUCGCGCAAGUGAUUGUGCGUAUAAAUACACAAAAACCAGGUUCGAAUUCAAAAGAAAGUGCCGUGAAUACAUGCAAAUCGAAAAAAGAACACUCUCGGGAGGCUAAUUUAAGCAAAACCUCCAUUUUGUCAGAGAACAGUAUGGUUAGUCACGAACAAGCUCUCCCCGUUUUUAUGCAGGCUGAAAUAAACAAUGAAAUUCCUCAAAGCGUGUCCCCACCAGAAAAUGAUAACGCUACAUCAGAUUUGGAAAACAAUAAAUCAGAAACACAAAGCAUCGAUCAAUUCAAGCCAACAACAAUAACCGAAGCUAUCCCAGUGGAACCAAUUAUGCUGGGUAAUGUAAAAUCUGACUUGCAAAUUAUUUAUCCAAGCGAUAAUAAUGUCAAUGAUCCUUUGUCGUCUGCUCCCAAUUUGGUUAACUGUGAUCUACACGUAAGUUUAGACAAAGCAGAUGAUAGUGUAAUAAAUGAGGCUAGUCCAGUGGAUGGAGCAAAAUCGUUAGGUAAUUUAUGCAACAAUUAUUGUAUGCGAUCUGAUACGUAUAUUGAAGAAAUAGCAAGGCCCAGUAAUACAAGAACUGUGGACACAAGUAAAGUAGAGCAAGUCAUGAAACCCCGGCAAUCCAAUGCAUGGUUAAAUUUUUUGCCCUUUAUUGAAGUUCCUUACAAACCACUUUCAAGAAAGAAAAGUGACCCG